AUAUACUUUCUUUCGGCAGCUACCGUGUUCCUGUUCUACACCAUAUGGUCGCAACCCAAGGCUAGACUACCCCACUUUGAUGAGACGUUGAGAGAGCUAUCUCUUGGUGACAUCAACUUCUUGCAUACCACGGAUACGCAUGGAUGGUUUUUGGGGCAUAUCAAUCAGCGACAGUAUUCAGCUGAUUGGGGCGAUUUCUUGAGUUUCACUACCCGCCUUCGAGACAUAUGUCAAGCUCGAGAUUUAGAUUUGUUGCUCAUUGACACCGGAGACCGCCACGAUGGCAAUGGACUCAGCGAUCUGACCACGCCAAACGGAUUAUAUUCCUCGGACGUUUUUAUGCAGCAGGAGUAUGAUAUUGUGACAGUUGGUAACCAUGAGUUAUAUGUUCCAGCAGUGAGCGAGCUAGAGUACAAGACCGUUGUACCUCACUAUGGAGAUCGCUUUAUAAGCACAAAUGUCGAAUAUCUCAACGACAAAGGUGAAUAUGUUGUUUUUGGUCAUGACAGAUACAGAUAUUUCACCACGGAGGUCAAAAAAUACAACGUUUUUGCUCUUUCCUUUAUGUUUGACUUCAAGGGAGGCAACGAGAGAGUCAGAGUCACACCUAUUGAGACAGUUGUCAAAGAAGAUUGGUUCUUGGACCUGCUUGAGAAACACACCAGGAAACCUGUCGAUCUUGUUCUCGUUGCUGGGCACAUCCCGAUUAGCCACAGUUGGCUGGAGCUAUAUGUUUUACACGGUGUUUUGCGCACAUUCUUCCCAGACAUUCCGAUCCAGUACUUUGGCGGCCAUUCGCAUAUUAGAGACUUUACGCUGCUGGAUGACAGAGCUUUUGCUUUACAAAGUGGACGGUACUGCGAGACUGUGGGAUUCAUGUCUCUGAGCAACAUUAAGGGUGAUAACGUAACGAUUGAUCGAAAAUACAUUGAUUUCAACCUACAGUCAUUUCUCCAUCAUACGAAAAGGUCUACCAUUGAACAGUUCAAUACCGACGAAGGAUUGCAGGUUUCGGAGAAGCUGACGAAUUACAGCAAUUUGCUGAAGCUCGACGAGUCUUUCGGGAAGGUGCCGCGGAGUUACUAUAUAACGGGAGCAGAUUACUAUUCAAACGAUUCGAAUAGCAUGCUUCGUUUUAUCGAGAAUGAAGUCCUUCGGGAGCUGGAGCCCAAGAUAUGCCACGAGGACAUGGACCCAAUAUUGCCUCCUCCAUCCAAUUCUAGAAUUGUGCUGAUUAAUACCGGCUCUAUCAGAUACGACCUCUACAAGGGAGAUUUCAGCAGGAACUCGCAGUUCAUCGUAUCUCCUUUUAAAAACAAGUGGAAAGUCCUUCAAAAUGUUCCUGCUAGAAUUGCAACUCGUCUCCAAGCAAUUCUUAACAAAGGUCCUUACAUUAUGGAGAAUGAAAUCGAUUAUACUAUUGAUUUAAAAGAGCUCCUGUCUCCGUACCAACGCGAAAUUAAUUCAAGGAUUUCAUCUCUCAAACUCCGCUAUGGUCAGACAACGACUGAUGAUCUUGGCAGUGAUGGUGAUGAUACCAUUCAUCGUCCAGUGCCACAAUUUGCUGUACCAAAUGUGAUCCAAUCCUAUGAAUACACAGACCAGCAGCAACCAGUGGACGUUGUGUUUUACGACUUCAUUGAGCGCUACGUGUUGUGGGCAUUA